AGUGUUUUUUGUGAAUGAAAGAAUCCAACCUCAGAGAGCAGCGGAGUAAUUCCGGGAAAAGGCGGACUGACAUUUUGUCGCCCGAGUUGCUUCGACCCAGCAGGUAAUUUUUUGAUUUUUUAACAGUGUUUUGAACGACAGAACCUUUAGCCGGAGUCCGUCCCCGGCGGCCGAACUCAGGGGACUGGUAUCCGUCGAGGAUUCGCCGACCGACCGAGGACGAGCGAGCGGGCAGAUGUUCGCUUUAAUCCACUUUAGCUCCGUUGAUGAGUGUCUGCGUCUGUAUUAAAGCUGAAGACAGUUGGAUCAUGACGGAAAGAAACAGCAAAGCCCUGAAGGUGAAGCAGGAAUGCGGCGAGAACGUGCCCAUCCUCUCCGACAGCGAGCUCAUGUCCCUCUCGGUCCGGGAGCUGAACCUGCACCUGCGCGGCCUGCCGCGCGACGAGAUCCAGAAGCUGAAGCAGCGGCGCCGCACCCUGAAGAACCGCGGCUACGCCGCCAGCUGCCGGGUCAAGCGGGUCUCGCAGCGCGAGGCCCUGGAGCAGCAGAAGAUGGAGCUCCAGCGGGAGGUGGAGCGGCUGGGGGCGGAGAACGCCGGCAUGAGGAAGGAGCUGGAGGGGCUGGGGGCGCGCCUGGCCGCGCUGCAGAGGUUCGCCCGCGGCCUGGAGGCCGGGGGGGGCGGCCUGCUGGCCACGGCCCCGCGCCUCAACACCGCCUCCGUCAUCACCAUCGUCAAGAGCCCGCAGCCACAGAGGGAGCAGGAGCCGUCCUAGAAGGGGCCGCGGGGAAGCACGCACGCACGGCCACACACACGCGCGCACACACACACACACGGGGCUGGAAAAUACUAAGCGCCGCACUGCUCCUCGUUCACAUUAUCUCAACAGCCGCGCUUUUGUGUUGCGCCGCUAGAGACGGGAAUAGCUGGAAAAUCCUCCCGGACUGGCGGAGGCGGCGUAGAGUCCCGGUCAGGGAGGCGUAGUGUGAACGAGGAUGCACGCGCGCACACACACACACACACACACGAAUGCACAAAGUCCGCACGCUCUGUUAUUUUUAUCGUCCCCGCGUCGCAGACAGAGAGGAGACGUGGAAUGACUGGACUCUGACUGCACACGUCCGUCUGUCUGCGAGCGGCGCUGGAUGCGGCCCCAGCCUCCAGCUGUCGGGGGGGGGGGCGGACGCGCAGGUUCCUGCAGCUUUCGCCCAGUCAGCGUGAACUCGCUGCUGUUGCACGGAUCCCAGCAUCACGCGUCUUAGUCACGAACGCGGAGCUUCUAAGCGCGGGUCAUUUGAUUUGGCACGUCGUUGGAAAAUAUUUCCUCUUCGGUUUAAAGGGUAACUUCUGAGUUCUAGCCAGCUUCUUGUGGAUCUGACCUUUUUGGACUGUAUUUAAUUAAGUUGAAUCAGAGUGACCUCAGCCUUUUAUUUUUUUUUCUAAGCUGAUCGUGUUUAAAUGACGUCUUCUGAAUUAGCAGGAGCUGAGAGAUGUUUUAACAUAAAACCAUUAAUAUGCUAAAACCACAGGAAGUUGAACAGGGGGGAAGUCACCUUUUAACCGGACACAAAGGCUCAUUGUGUAAUCGAUUGGAUCACGUGGGAGCGAAAAUGAAGACCCAGGAUAAAAUGUUGAAACAUCACAAAUCCCCUUGAAGCUGCUCACUUCGUGUCCAUUCAGUCCUGCUGUAUGAGGGCAACGUGGUCCUCCUCCUCCAGCGUCUCACAAACGCAGUGCCUUCAGAGUAUGUGGGACUUGAACAGCGCGAACCUAAGCGAGACGAAACAAGCUGCUGCGUCUCGUCUCUUCGUGGAUGCGUGUUUCUUCCACUUUCAUGGUGAUAAACUCACAUUUCCCAUCCCACCCACCCCCUCGUGUGCAGUAGUUCGACUACAGUCCGACGCAGCUUCCUUCUUUUAACGUCCGACUCCCAGCAACAGACGUUGGCCGGUCGCAGCUGGUUCAGAAUUAGCCUCAAGUCGAUGCAAACAUUCCUGCUUUGUGUUUUUAAUUUGUAACGUUAGUAUGUGCCGUUGGGUGACAUUUAUCAGAGAUCUAUAUUUUAUUUGUAUUUAAAAGUAGAUAUUAUGAAAAGACAAGCUAACGAGUGCUGUGAUGUUCUACAUGUUUUCAGAAGUACUUAUGAGUAGUCUGGGGAUAUUCUCACGUCUAAUUAUUGUGUUGUGUGGCAACGGCGAUGAUUGCGUCACAAAAAUGUUAAUUAUUAGCAAUGUAGAAAUACGCUCAAAGACAAUGGCCAUAUUGCUGUAUGAUGAUUUCUAUGUGUGUGCUUAUUGCCACGUUUCUACUGGCUCGUCGUAGUGGAUCCUUGGAGGGAUAUUAUUAUUUCUUUUGUAUGGAUUUGUACAUGUUUGGCGAAAAACAAUACGGUCACUUUCGAAUUGGGAGGAAACGCGGGGAUGUUGGAGGGGAGCGAGGGGCGGCGGGAGGGAGAUGGAGACGAGAGGGAGGAGAGAAGGUGGGGACGAUGAUGGAGAAAGCAAGUAGGAAAGGCAGGAAGAACGUGGGGAAGGGCGGCGCUUUGUUCACUUGAAACCUCCGUCGGUCAGUCACGGGGCCCGUUUGAAUGAAGGCCUGGAUCUCAUGCAGUCUAGCCCACUGAAUAGUGCUAGAAUAUCCUUUUUAUAAGCAGGCAUUGUAACACGUUAGACUGUGUUGACGAGUAACUCCUUAAAGAUAUGAGACAUAUAUAACUAUAUGAAUAUCAGCGUGACAAAGCAUUUAUUCUCUAUUUUAACGUCUGUCAAAUUGUGCUGGAUGUUUUGUACUGCCUACAAAACAAAAAUGGUCUUUGUAUUUAUUACAUGUAUUUUUUUCUAUUGUGAAAAUUUAAGUACAUUGUCUAUUUUAUAUAUUAAUUAUAAUAAAUGUACAUAUUGUACAUAAAAGCGUGUGCUUGUCAUUUGCUGCAUUGGACGAGCUGAGAGAUGUGGCUCAGAGGAAGAGGAGCUGCUGUUUUUAAAUGAGAGAAAUUAUUUAUCUCCCUCUUGUGAUUUUCUUCAUACAUUUUACAUCUGUUGCUGCGUAAUUUGCUGACUCGGGUAAACCUGCUUCUGGCUCGUGCUUACGUCAGCUCCUUGAAAGCCUCCCGUGAAUGUCAGCUGUGUCCUGAGGCGUUUUGCUUUGGUUUCACAUUCUGUGAAACGUUAACAAAAUUGACAUGUAACAAUUCAAAGGAAAAAAAAUUAUAUUACUUUAUUUUAAUAGUACAUUUGAUUUUGGACAAGGUGAUCAAAGUGUUAAUUCAUGGCAUCAGAUGCACUUAAGGGGUUCUCAACCACGAUGCGUCUAACUACCUUUAACUAGACCUUCGCUCAUAUUUCAAACAAUAUAAAUAUAAUUUGAAGCAGUGAAUAAGGCACUGUACCUGUUUUAAUGGGCCAACUUGUACUCCUCAAAGCCUACAGUACAUUGUGUAAAACCUUUUAAUGUCACAUAUGGGGAACAUGUUUUUAUGUUACAAGAACAAAGUACGUAUACCAAGAAAUUAACAUCAAUACAAGAUGCAAUGUUUUAUUUCUCAUUUAUGCAUAUGACGUAAUUUACUAAAAUAAAUUCUGAAGACAAGUUAAAAAUAUAAAACUAAACUUUGUUCUCUUGCAGGAUAUACGUCUAUGUCAAUAUACAUUGUUCAUCUUCCUCCAACUGUAACACAUACAACCCAUAAGAGUUUCACGUGUCACCACAAACAGAUUAAAAGAAAGUGAAACAUGGCAGUUAGACGUGUUAGAAGUGUUUCAGCCACAAAAUAUCAACAUUGCCUUUCAUAAACCUGAGACGUUCACGAUUCUAACGUAAAAAAACUACUUGGAAUAAAAACCUAUUUAAAUCGUGCUGAGCUGACUUUUACAGACUUCAGUUGCGGGAAGAAACUCAGCCACAGUAAACACAGUGUUGACAUGACACCAAUGCUAAAAUGUACCCACACAAUUAUCCAGACAUCCCUCAGCUGUGUCUAAAAAUAUGGAACCGGUCCUGUGUACAGACGUGGCUGUGCUCCUAUUUAAAACUAUUAUGUCAGGUGGAAUUUAAAGUAAAACUACCCAGUAGCCCUGUCUGAAGCUGGGACUGGCUCCUGUUUGGUGGUGAGAAUACACAGUCACUGUUACAAAAAAAAAAAAAAAGCCCGGGACAGAAC